UCCAGCCUCAACUCAUCUCGGAAACCUCAAUUUUCCCCACUGGGCAAAGGCAUCAUGAGUUGUCAGAUCUCAUGUAAAUCCCGAAGAGGAGGAGGAGGAGGAGGAGGAUUCCGGAGCUUCAGCAGUGGCUCAGCCGUGGUCUCCGGUGGGAGCAGGAGAUCAACCCGUAGCUUCUCCUGCUUGAGCCGCCACGGCGGUGGCGGAGGGGGCGCCGGCGGUGGCGGCUUUGGCAGUCGGAGUCUUGUUGGCCUCGGAGGCACCAAGAGCAUCUCCAUUAGUGUGGCUGGAGGAGGCGGAAGCUUUGGCUCCGGUGGUGGAUUUGGCGGCAGAGGAGGUGGCUUUGGAGGUGGCAGCGGCUUCGGAGGAGGCAGCGGCUUCGGUGGAGGUGGCUUUGGAGGCGGCGGUUUUGGAGGAGGCAGCGGCUUUGGAGGCGGUGGUUUCGGUGGAGGUGGCUUUGGCGGAGGCCGCUUUGGAGGUGGCGGUGGCCUUGGAGGUUUUGGGGGUCCUGGUGGCUUUGGGCCCGGAGGAUUCCCUGGUGGAGGCAUCCACGAAGUCUCCAUCAAUGAGAGUCUCCUGCAGCCUCUCAACGUGAAAGUUGACCCAGAGAUCCAGAACGUGAAGUCUCAGGAGCGGGAGCAGAUCAAAACGCUCAACAACAAAUUUGCUUCUUUCAUUGACAAGGUGCGGUUCCUGGAGCAGCAGAACCAGGUGCUGCAGACCAAGUGGGAGCUGCUGCAGCAGCUGGAUGUGAGCACCCGCACUACCAACCUGGAGCCCAUCUUUCAAGCGUACAUCGCCAAGCUGAAGAAAUACGUGGACACGCUUUCUGCGGAACGAACAUCGCAAGGUUCAGAGCUGAACAACAUGCAGGAUCUUGUCGAAGAUUUUAAGAAGAAGUAUGAGGAUGAAAUCAACAAGCGCACAGCUGCUGAGAAUGAUUUUGUGACACUUAAAAAGGACGUGGACAAUACCUACAUGACCAAGGUGGAGCUGCAGGCCAAGACUGAUGUGCUGACCCAGGAGCUUGAGUUCAUUAAAUUCCUUUUUGAUGCGGAACUGUCCCAGAUGCAGACUCAGAUCAGCGAAACCAAUGUCAUCCUGUCCAUGGACAACAACCGCAGCCUGGACCUGGACAGCAUCAUCUCUGAGGUCAAAGCCCAGUAUGAGGAGAUCGCCCAGAAGAGCAAGGCUGAGGCCGAAGCUCUCUACCACAGCAAGUACGAAGAGCUCCAGGUGACUGCAGGGAAACACGGAGACAGCCUGAAGGAGGUCAAGAUGGAGAUCAGCGAGCUGAACCGCAUGAUCCAGAGGCUGCAAGGGGAGAUAGCCCACGUGAAGAAGCAGUGUAAGAGUGUGCAAGAAGCCAUUGCAGAAGCUGAGCAGAAGGGAGAGCACGCAGUCAAAGAUGCUCAGGGCAAGCUCUCGGACCUGGAGGAGGCUCUGCAGCAGGCCAGGGAGGACCUGGCCCGGCUGCUGCGUGACUACCAGGAGCUCAUGAACGUCAAGCUGGCCCUGGACGUGGAGAUCGCCACCUACCGCAAGCUGCUGGAGGGCGAGGAGUGCAGGAUGUCUGGAGACCUCAGCAGCAACGUGACUGUCUCUGUGACCAGCAGCUCCAUGUCCUCAAGUGUGACAUCCAGGGCCGGCUUUGGAGGCUAUGGUUCUGGAGGUAGAGGAUCCAGUUCUGGAGGAGGAGGAUUCAGCUCUGGAAGUGGCAGUUACAGCUCUGGAGGCAGAGGAUCGAGCUCCAGAGGUGGCGGUGGAGGAGGCUACAGCUCUGGCGGCGGCUCCAGAGGAGGCUCUGGCUCUGGAGGAGGAUAUGGUUCUGGAGGCAGCUCCAGGGGAGGCUCUGGCUCUGGAGGUGGCAGUGGAGGAAAAUAUAGCUCGGGAGGUGGCUCUAGAGGAGGUUCUGGCUCUGGGGGAGGAUAUGGCUCCAGCUCUGGAGGAGGCUAUGGCUCUGGAGGUGGCUCUAGAGGAGGUUCCAGCUCCGAAAAGGGUGGCUCUGGCUCAGGCUCCAGUGUGACCUUCUCUUUUAGAUAAGGAUGAGUUCCACCCUUGACUCUUCUGCUUUAGAACGUAGAAUCCUGUGUCUGCUCAUCCAAAUCGACAGAAAAUCAAACCUUGUCUUCCAUCUCUGAUGGCGUUUUGGAGGAAAGGGAUUCCCACAUACUGUGUCUGAAAUAUCUUCUCUCCAAACCAAUUCGUUGGAGCCAGUGACACCCUCUGUGCCCCGGGGAAGCGUCUGCGCUGCCUAGGCUUGCACUUCCAGCCAUGCCCCCUCUCCUGGCCCCUCCUGGCGUCACACAUUCGGGGUCCCUUCUCCGGACGACUGUUCUGCUGAGGGCCCCAUCCCAAAGCCUGCACCUUUCUGGUGGCCCUGCCCCGAGGGAAACACGUAUCUGUGUACAUAGCCCACCUUUCUGACUCUGCAUCUAAAGCGCUGUGGUCUUGGUGUCUGCACAAUAAACUUCAUUUGCAAUUUAUAA